AUGACCGUCCGCGAGUCGCUUGAAAACGGUGACCAUACACUGGCUGGCCUAGAGUCCCCUACAGUCACACGUACUGUGCCACCAUCAACGGCAUCAUCUGGACCUGGCACAAGUAUGUUGACACCAGACGAGAGAAUGGUCAAUACCUGCACGGUUUGCCUCGAGAGUGUUAAACCUGAUGACAUUUUAUACACAUGCACAAAGUGUACAAAAGGGGAAUAUUGUGCGACCUGUUUAAAGGAUUGGUUCCUCGAUGCUUGCAGAAACGAAGCAAAGAUGCCGCCCAAGUGUUGCAAAGCCAUACCGCUCGUUUCCAUAUCUAAUCUCUUGACCAUUGCCGAGAUUGAUUUAUAUAAGGAAAAGUAUUUGGAGUGGAGCACCGAUGACCGUCGAUACUGUCCUAUUCGCUCAUGCUCAGCUUUCAUCCCACCAAGUCUCCUCUUGGAGCCUUCACGAACCCCCGAGAGAGAAACUCAGCAGCUAGAAUCUCUCCUGCCAGAAAACGCUCAGCAAACCACCGAACCACCGCAGUGGGUUGACCUCCAACUUUAUAUCGACGGCUGGGAGGCACCCAAGAAGCCUCUCAAACCCAACGUGGCAUGUCCAAAAUGCUCUGUUAUGGUUUGCACAAGGUGCCGCUCUGUCAGCCAUCUUGGCGACUGCCCACCAGAUGACAUCAGCGCACACUUUCAAGAAAAAUUACGCAAAUUGAAUGUAAAACGCUGCCCCAAAUGCCGUGCUGGCAUACGCAAGAUGGUUGGAUGCUCCCACAUUGAAUGCAGAUGCGGUGCGCAUUUUUGCUGGGAAUGCAUGAGACCCAUGAACGUAUGUGAUGGGGAGUGUGAGGAUAACGAAGACCUCCCCUACGGAGCUUCGGAUUAUCCUACCGCGGCAGACGAUCUCGACGGAAACCUUACUUUUCAAGAGGGCGAUGGCGAUCGUUUUGGUAAUGAGCCUUCGGGAGGUGGUAUUGAAACAUGGCUUUGUGCUCAUGUUUGGUUCCGCCCUAUUAUUUUAAACCCUGCAGUCUCUUCUAAACAGGCUCCCCUCGAAUGCAAUCGGUGCUUUCGAGUAGUCACACGCCCAGAAGACGACAAAGAGAUCCAAACGGUACUAUCCCAGGGUGUCAACGCUACUUGUACUGUUUGGCAGUGCGUUGGCGGUCAUUCGGCCUGUAGCUAUUGCCCAAAAGCAUCGCCGACCCGUCGAUCCGUCCAUAUCUCACGCUUAUGGACUUGCAGUUGCGGCAGCGAGACUUGUGCAAUUUGUGAAAAAGAGGUUGCUUCUACACAAAAGGCUCUCAAUGACGAAAAGGGAUGGGAGUGCCAGUGCACUUUGGUGCUGUGUGGAGCUUGCAAAAACCUCGCAUAA